GAGAGAAGAAAAACUUUUCAGUGUUGUAGAGCGACAGGAAGCGCUGCAGUGAGUCGUCACCAUGCAGGAGGAGCUGGGAGAGACCAUGGGUGGGGACAGCGAUUGGGGGUCAGUAUGGCUGUGUCCUUUGUGUCAACAAGGUCAAUUAGACCGUGAUGGUCUUGCUUUGCACCUAGCCGAAAAACACAGCGUGCUUCCUGCUUGCCUUGAUAAGCUAUUGGACAUUGCUACUCCCAAGCACUGUUCCAAUGAUGAAGAUGGAGAAUCAGGCACACAAAAUGAUAUCAAUGGCACAUCACAGCAGCAGUUUUCAGAAAACUUGUCUUUAAUGGAGUCCCAGAAUGAAGCUACAUCUAGUGUAACUGACCAAGAUGGUUCAUCCCUGGAAAAAGAGGGGUGUGAUGAAUUGGGAGGUGUGGGAAAUGAGAACAACUGGAGUAACAUGGAAUCAAAUCAGGAUAAUGUUACCGAGCCUGAAAGAUCAGAAGCCUCUGUCGAUGGUGAUGAUGAUAAAUCCAAUGAUAAAAGCAAUGCUGCUGCUGCUAACAGUGAUGCAAACCACCCUUUCAAGUGUCAUGCGUGUUUGGAAUUCUUUCCCACUAGAUCGGCAUUAAGCGUACAUUAUAAUUCAGCCACCCAUAUCCAAAGGAUGAGAACAGGAGCAGGGAAUGACAGUGAUUCCUCAACCCCUAUUCUUGCUCGCCCUUAUGUUUCGAACAAACCUUACCAGUGUGCAGUGUGUCGUGUCUCUUAUAAUCAUGCCAUCACCCUGGAAAGUCAUUUAAAGUCUGUAUUGCAUCAGAGUCGUAGCAGGAAUGCUGGAAAUGCUGCAACUAAUUCCACAACAAAUGCAGGAAAUGGAAAUGUAGCAGCAACUGUGGCCACCACUACUGUGGCUAAUACCACACAGUUAGCUUAUGUUACGGCCAGUAAUUGUGUCACACAAGCAAGCCUGACUGCAUCCCAAGCGAUGACCAAAGAUGAAGAACAGAUUAAGCCUCAGCCUGCACCCUCAUUGCUUUCCUCCCCAGUGGCCUCAGCUCAGGCAGUGUCAGCUUUUCUUACACUUUUAACCUCUAGUCCAAACUCUGUUCCACACUCCAUCCUCCCUUCACUCUUUGCUGCUGGAACAGGUGCUGCACCAGGCACAGCAACUCCACAGCUAAUAACCCAGCCUCAGAUGCUUAUGCCCCUUAUCUUGAAUGGACUCCAACCACAGAGUCCAACCUCAGAAUCCACCAAACAACUUUUGCAGCAAACGGUGCCAGUCCUUGGUCUCAGUGCAGCACAGCAGGCUCUCUUGGCCCAAGGACUUAGUGGUUUGCAAAGUCAGUGGGCUGCUUUUCGACUCUCCAGUUCAGCACAGACACCUUCAGAAGAGAAUGACAAUGCUGAUAAGGGAGCAGGCAUAAAAGUAAAAAAUGAGGAACCACAGCAGGAGUCUUGUGAUCAACAAGUGCCACAGACAUCUGAGGAAGCCUGGACCACAGAUGAUUGUUCUGUGAAAAGUGGUGUUAAGUUAGGGAUGAAACAAGACUGCGACAGUUUAAAACAUGAAGAUAAAGGUGUUGAGGAUAGUGUGGUAUGCACAGAUAAGAAACAAGAGAAGGAUGAUGAGGAUAUGGAAGGCAGAGCUGAAGAGGGGUGUCUGGAAGAAAAUGCAAAAAGAAAUUCUGAUGCAAAUAAAGACUUGGCAGAUCAGGAUCUUCAGUGUAGUUGCCCAUCAUCUGAAUCCUGCCAGUCUCUUACACGCAAUGAUCAAAAUACUGUUAACAAUUCAGAGGUAAAAUCUAGUCCUGCAAAAUGCAACCCCUCAAACACUAACCUUGCCUUAAUGUCCUCACCGCAUAAGAGUGCCAAGGCUCAUGCAAUCUUGCCCUCAGGACCCCCAAUACUAACUGAGUUUCAGUCUCAGGUUCUGUGGGCCUUUAUAGAGUCACGAAGUGAGGCUGAUUCAGUAAUUCCGCCAAGAGAGGACUGCGAAGCCCUUGGCAGGGAGGUAGGACUAACUGAGGAUGAGGUACGAAGAUGGCUGGUCGAUGCUCGCUGUGCCAAAGAGAGACAUAGUGCAGAAAUGGAGCAUGAUGAAAUGGAAGAAAGCAUUGAAGAUGAUGAAGGUGCUCUAAUGAUAGAUGAAAGCGAAUAUGGACAGAGUCCAUCAGCUUCCAGCAGUCAUGCAAUGGAUCUCUCUAACAAUUCUGAAAUGCGCAAAGAAAAGGGAUAUAGUCAAAACCAAGGGGACUUGUGCUUAACCUCUGACUCAGAAAAUGAAGAAUUCUACACUUCUGUUAUUGUGACAGAUGAGGAGAGCCAAAGUAGUUCAUUGAAAGAGGAGCCAGGUAGCCCAGUUAAACAACCUUCACAGCUAGAAAUAUCAGGAGAAAGGUCCAGCGGUGGAGGAAAGGUUCUCCGCUCUACUACAGUCUUUCUUUCAGAUGCAGAGGAUGAAGACGAAGAUCAGGGUGCAAAAAAUAAAAAGAGAAAGCGGGAGAUAGAUAAGGAGGAAUCGGAAUGCAAAAAGGAGAGGCAUGAUGCUGAUCUUGAUGUUCAGUUAGAAGCACAAGCUGAUCCUCCUACUCCUCUUUCAGUUACAGUUGAUCAUCAAGGUCUUCCAUCUGGAAUCUUGCAUCCUUUGCCUCUUUCUCUUUCUUUGGCCCCGUUUUCUACUCAGUUAUUCAGUCCCUAUGUCCUCUCCGUUCCAUCAUCUGUUGUUGGAGUUGGUGUUUCUGAAGCAGACCGAGCCAAAGUAGCAACCUUCACAAGUUCCCCAACUAUUACUCGCACUCAGACUCCAUUUUCUGACCCACUUCACGGAGCAGCCAUUGGUUCUCUUGCGCAGUCCACCCAAUUCAUAUCCAAUGGCAGUGAAUGUGAGUCUGCCUUAGAUCUCAGUAUUGGGAAACAUCAAAGUUCAACAACUUCUGCCUCUGUAUCGGCAAACAGCAAGGUAUCUAUACAAAAGACUGCUUUGCUUGAUGGGCUGGGCUUAAGGCCUACAACUGUUGGUGUCCCUUCAGAUGGGAGCCUUAUUGUUGUUCAGGUAAAGCCUGAUACUGCCAUUACAAUCCCAAACUCUAACACUACAAUUGGUAACCACAAUAGCUUGGCUAAAACAAGCACAGUGUUCAUGAGGGCUGCAGAGAAAGUAAAUGCUUCUUUAAAAGAGAGUGAACAAGAAAAGGCCAGAGACCAAAAAAGAACUAAUGCAAGAAGGUUUAGGGACAUGAGAAGGUCCAGGACCAUCAUUCAGGCUGACCAGUUGGAUGUGCUCUAUGGAUGUUAUUUCAAAGACCCAAACCCAGGAAAGCAUGAAUUUGAACAAAUAUCAGAGUGGGUGCACCUGCCAAAGAAGGUUGUACAGAUUUGGUUUCAAAACAUGAGGGCUAGGGAGCGUAAAGGGGAAGUUCGCUUCAUCAGUGAUGGCACAUUGGCAGCUGUAGGUAAACCACUUAUAAAAUUUACUUGGCCACUAACUAAGCCCAUUUUUUCAAGUACCCCCAAAUCCAGUUCAAACCCAACAACUCCUGGGUGGGUCCCAACAAAGCCACAACCUGGCAAUGAUGCUCAAAAGACAGAAAAGCUUACGGAGGUUAAAGAACCACAGAAAAUCCCUAUCCAAGGUCUGAGCAGGCUAAAGGAAGUGACCUCAGCUUCCACUGCCAGCAGUACAGCAGCAGUCAAGAUAAAAGGUGAAGCAGUGAAUGCAUUUACAAUGGUUAAAAUUGCCCCUAAAGCUGUGGCCCCAUUAGUUACAGUUCCAAUAAUGACCAGUAGCUCUGCCAUUCCCCAAAACCCUCAAAAGACCAAGCUAGAGGGACGGAGUGAAACGGACAGGACUGAGGAGAAGGAUGGACAAGACCAAGAAAAACACAUCCCUGGGACAACCAACCGCAUGGUUCAAAAACUAUCCACUACACCAAUUAACAAAUCUCUGACUGUGGCAACUCAGAAACACAAUGGCAUUAAUUAUUGGUCUCAGAAAGGUCAAAUUAAGAUCAACACUUUGUCCAGGGAACAGCUGGGCUUGAGCACCCCACGCCCUAUCAUCACUUCAACUUCAGGCAUAACGCCGUCCAUGACAGUUACUUCACCACCAUCCAGUCAAAACCAAAAAGAAGCUAAUUACAUUCAGCAGCACUCCACCCCAAGAAGACCACGAACACACUUGAACUGUCUGCAGCUGUCCAUUCUCCAGUCUUGCUAUGAGACCUGUGCCCAUCCUAAUGCAUUAGAGUGUGAAGCAGUGGGGACAGAGCUUGGUCUUCCACUUAAAGUGGUGCAGAUCUGGUUCCAGAACACACGUGCCAAGGAGAAGCGUUGGAGGCUACAACAAGAGAAGCUGUCUCCUAAUUCCAGCGACCCUUCCAAGAAGUUGGAUGUCAGCUCGGGCACUUAUCUACAGUACAAUGCGCUCCGAGCAAACCGUCCGAUUCUGCCCAAACCAGUACAGCUGACAGUUCUGGAAAGUUCUCCGUCUCCUGCCGCAGGUCAGCCAGCAGCACGUGAAACACUAAGAGGGAAAUGCGAAGUGUGUAACGUAGAAUUCGAGUCCAGAGCCGCUGCCCGAGAUCACGUUUUCUCUCCUCGGCAUCUUGCAACACUGAGAACCACUAACUUUGGUCAGUCUGUGACGCAAAUUAACAACGGAUCAGCUGGCAUUAUGAGCCAGGCUUCUUCGAGAUCACCAGCUAGCAGCACUAGCUAAGAAAUGAAUUUAAGCUGCUUCAUUAAGUGGACCCACUCUGCUCUUAUGCUUCUAAUCGGCAAAGAAAAAGGUGCUCGUUUUUAAAGCUAAUGCUCUUUUAGUUCUGCACCAUUAAAGUGGGCCUAAAGGACUCUCCACUUUUGGAUGUCAGCGAGAUUUGAUCCGAAACAGAACUUUAUUUCAGUGACUCGUUGCCACAUCAUUUCACUAAUAAUAAUCAAAUGAAUUGGUUAUACUGGACAUGCAAUUGCUUAUGUUGUAACGGUCUCGUUUUAUGUCUUUCACUGCUUUUGUCUUCAUUUUAAACAUCUGUUUCUUUUGUGCUUGUUGUUUAUCCUUUCUUGGCAAAUCAAAAACACUCUGGCUGUUUGGGAAAAUCUAGCAAUGGACCGCCUGAAACUCAUCAAAAGUCAUUCAGUGAUAAUGUACACGGUACUGCUUUUGCUUGAGCUUGAAUGGUGUUCUGCAUUUGAGUUUUAAUUCAGAGUUCUUAUAUUUUGAUCAAAUUCUAUUCAACUUUUUUUUUUUUUUUUUAGCGAUGUCAUUGGGAGGUUUUUUUUUUUUUUGUUUAAGUGAAUGAAAUAAAAUCAUGGGGGUAUCAAAAACGUACAAGUAGAUGGGAAGUAAAUAAGACGGUAGGCAAGUACCGAUACGAAAAUGUCAUGCCAAUUGCUUUUUAUCACAUUUUACAAUAUCACAGUAUAAAAUCCGAAACCUGCUUUUGGACAUUUUUAGGCUAUUAUGGAAUUCUAGUAAGCAGAAUUAUGGGAUACGGUGGUGCUUGAAAGUUUGUGAACUCUUUAGAAUUUUCUAUAUUUCUGCAUAAAUGACCUAAAACAAUGUCGGAUUUUCACACAAGUCCUAAAAGUAGAUAAAGAGAACCAGUUAAACAAAUAAGACAAAAAUAUUGUACUUGGUCAUUUAUUUAUUGAGGAAAAUAAUCCAAUAUUACACAUGUGAGUGGCAAAAGUAUGUGAACCUUUUGCUUUCAGUAUCUGGUGUGACCCCCUUGUGCAGCAAUAACUGCAACUAAACGUUUCUGGUAACUGUUGAUCAGUCCUGCACACCGGCUUGGAGGAAUUUUAGCCCAUUCCUCCGUACAGAACAGCUUCAACUCUGGGAUGUUGGUGGGUUUCCUCACAUGAACUGCUCGCUUCAGGUCCUUCCACAACAUUUCGAUUGGAUUAAGGUCAGGACUUUGACUUGGCCAUUCCAAAACAUUAACUUUAUUCUUUAACCAUUCUUUGGUAGAACGACUUGUGUACUUAGGGUCGUUGUCUUGCUGCAUGACCCACCUUCUCUUGAGAUUCAGUUCAUGGACAGAUGUCCUGACGUUUUCCUUUAGAAUUCGCUGAUAUAUUUCAGAAUUCAUUGUUCCAUCAAUGAUGGCAAGCCGUCCUGGCCCAGAUGCAGCAAAACAGGCCCAAACCAUGAUACUACCACCACCAUGUUUCACAGAUGGGAUAAGGUUCUUAUGCUGGAAUGCAGUGUCUUCCUUUCUCCAAACAUAACGCUUCUAAUUUAAACCAAAAAGUUCUAUUUUGGUCUCAUCCGUCCACAAAACAUUUUUCCAAUAGCCUUCUGGCUUGUCCACGUGCUCUUUAGCAACCUGCAGACGAGCAGCAAUGUUCUUUUUGGAGAGCAGUGGCUUUCUCCUUGCAACCCUGCCAUGCACACCAUUGUUGUUCAGUGUUCUCCUGAUGGUGGACUCAUGAACAUUAACAUUAGCCAAUGCGAGAGAGGCCUUCAGUUGCUUAGAAGUUACCCUGGGGUCCUUGGUGACCUCACAGACUAUUACACGCCUUGCUCUUGGAGUGAUGAUUGUUCGUCGACCACUCCUGGGGAGGGUAAUGAUGGUCUUGAAUUUCCUCCAUUUGUACACAAUCUGUCUGACUGGAUUGGUGAGUCCAAACUCUUUAGAGAUGAUUUUGUAACCUUUUCCAGCCUGAUGAGCAACACUUUUUUUUUUUUUUCCUCUCUGAGGUCCUCAGAAAUCUCCUUUGUUCAUGCUAUGAUACACUUCCACAAACAUGUUGUGAAGCUCAGAUUUUGAUAGAUCCCUGUUCUUUAAAUAAAACAGGGUGCCCACUCGCACCUGAUUUCAAUCAAUGGGAUGACAAACACCUGACUUUAAUUUCACCUUCAAAUUAACUACUAAUCCUAGAGGUUCGCAUACUUUUGCCACUCACAGAUAUGUAAUAUUGGAUCAUUUUUCUCAUUUGUUUAACCGGGUUCUCUUUUAUCUACUCUUAUGACUUGUGUAAAAAUCUGAAGUUUUGGGUCAUAUUUAUGCAGAAAUAUAGAAAAUUCUCAAGGGUUCACAAACUUUCAUGCACCACUGUACAUGCAAUGCCGAUUAAGGGCCCAUAGAAGACAGCUGUCGUCGUUUUCGGUAUGGCACGUUUUUUCUUGGUGCUGGCCGAGUAGGUUGCCUCCUUUCAAAUGAAAGGCAGUGGUGAGGUGAUUGUAUUAAUUGUCCACAAUAAUUUUGCGAUAUAUUGUAAAAUCAAUUAUCGGCACAUACAAAUAAAGUAUAUUGGUUUUUAGAAACCGAGGGAGUUGGCGAGUGCUCCGUAUCCGGAUGCUCUAGGAGGCUGUUAAUGAAAUGACAGUUCCUCCAUUUGCCAUCAUGACAAUCAUACCACUUUUUUUCAAACUAUGGGCUGAAUCUUAAAAAAAAAAAAAUUGUCAAAUGGUUGUCAUGCAGCACUUUCUUCCUUUAAAGGUCUGAAAUAUUUUAAGGUUUCCAUACUGCUUGGAAUAAAUGUUUGUAUUAUAGCGAUUUACUGUACGUCAGAUUUUACUGAAGUGUUACCAGCUUUUGCUGUAUUUUAUUAACACAUGGACAAGAAAGGAUCAGACCUAGCCGCUGUGCAAAAAGCCAAAGUUAAUUCUAUAUGCUAGCGCGAUUUUAAAUGAUUUUGAUAUAAAUUUGUGAAACAGCAAAAUAUGAAUUGUAUUUCUCCACUUUAUUAUUUUCUCCCCUGUUCAGUUUGUCAUAACCCUAAUGUGUUACAAAUAAUAACUGCUUGCACCAGGUUUUUAUGGGAGAGAAGUCAUUUUAUACCCUUUUCCUUAUUGUGUUUUAUGUGGGUGCGAAUGGAGUACUUGUGCUGGGUAGGAACUUUUUUUCUAAUGCGUCUCCAGCUGACCACGAGGUACUUUCUGUGGUUUUUGACAAGUAUAUCGAUUUGUUGAUGCGACUCGGUGCGACAAAAUAUGCGAGUUUGAAGGAAACGAAAUACUAAAGAGAACUGUCAUUAUUUUUUUUUAAGUUGUAUAUUGUUAUUCUUAUUAUUAAUGUUACUAUUAAUAGUUUAACAAGAUGCAAAACUAAAAGGUAACUUUUUAAAAUGAACUCUAUUAUGAAAAUUGUAUUCCAAAGUUAAUCAUUUCUUGCUUUCUGUCAAAAAAACACAAAAAAAAAAACAAACAAAAAAACCCAACCAAAAAGCGUUUUGAGUGUUUUGUUAUGGAUUUCCCACAUCUUGACACUUUUGAGCAAGUCCAGGGAAGGACUUUGGUAUAUUAAGCUGAAAGUGUGUGCAUUUCAGCCAAAAUGAAGUGGAGCACUUGGAUGUGUGGUAAUUCAGAGACGUGUGGCUUUUUUUUUUUUUUAAAUGCACCUCCGUUAAUUUUUAAAAUUUUUUAAA